AUGCUGCAGUGCAGGCCGGCCCAGGAGUUCAGCUUCGGCCCGCGGGCCCUGAAGGAGGCGCUGGUGUCCACUGACCCCACCCUGCAGCAGCGCUACGUGGCCACCUUCACCCCUGCCGAGAGGCUCUUCCUGGCCGAGGCCUACAACCCCCAGAGGACGCUCUUCUGCUCCCUGCUCAUCAGCUCCGCCUUCGACUGGCUCCUCAGCCGCCCUGAGGCCCCUGAGGACUUCCAAACCUUCCACGCCUCCCUGCCGGCCCGGAGGCUGGGCCAGGCCCGCAAGCACAUCUACUUACAGCCCAUAGACGGCAUCCUGUCUUUCCUGAAGAACAGCAAGCCGGGGGACGCGCUGUGCGUGCUGGGCCUCACGCUGUCCGACCUGUACCCUUGCGAGGCCUGGAGCUUCACUUUCGGCAAGUUCCUUCCAGGCCACGAGGUAGGCGUCUGCAGCUUUGCCCGGUUCUCGGGGGAUCUCUUGCCAUCGGGACCCCGCGCCUCUGAUCCAGCCUUGGUGGAGGUGGCCACAGACGACCCUGUGACUCCCGGGCAGGACGGAGGCCCAACUGUGUGCUUCAGUGCCCUGGGGAUGGUCCAGUGCUGCAAGGUCACGUGUCACGAGCUCUGCCAUCUCCUGGGGCUGGGGAACUGCCGCUGGCUGCACUGCCUCAUGCAGGGGGCGCUCAGCCUGGACGAGGCCCUGCGGCGGCCCCUGGACCUCUGUCCCAUCUGUCUGCGGAAGCUGCAGCACGUCCUCGGCUUCAAGCUCGUCGACAGGUACAAGAGACUUUACUCCUGGACUCAAGCGGGGACGCGGACUCGGCCCAGCCAGGAUGCGGGGGCGGCGUCCGCGGCGGACACCCUGCCGGGCAGCACAGACUCGGGUCUGAGCUGCGGGAGUGCGUCGGAGCCGGGCAGCAGCCUGUCGGAGCCCCUAACCCCUGACGCGGGGAGCCACAGCUUCUCCGUGGGGCCGGAGCUGGAGCACGAGGAGGGGCUGGGCUCGCUGGCCAUCCCUGAGAGCCCGCCGCAGCUCGGACCCCCGUGCGAGGCCAUCGAGGAGCACGGGCAGUGGCUGGCGCUGUGCAUCCAGGCCCUGGAGCGGGAGGUGACAGAGGAGGAGCUGGCACAGGUGGACGGGGCUGUGGAUGCCUUGGCCGGGUGGGGGAUGUUCACGGGGCAGCUCCCCGCACCCCGGCCCGGCCUGCCCUGCAGCCGCGAUGGCCCUGGGCUGCGCAGGGUCCUGGGGGGCACGCUCUCCUCCCUGCGGAGGAAGCUGAGCACGCGCAGACUGGCCAGGGCGGGGUCGUCCCCCUGUCGCUGGAGCGCGGAGGAGAAUUAACCCGGAAGCCCAUCCGUCUGUCGCCGUGCACCCCCAGGAUCAGCGGCAGUCCUGGAUCCUGUCCCCAGGGUCCCAGCAGAGAGUCUUCAGGCCCAGCCUAGACGGCACUGGGGGCUCUGGGCCUCCCUCGCCCGCCCCACUGGAGCAGAGGCUGCCCAGGGCAGAAGCCAGGCUGUAUGCCCGGGGGAAGUGAGGGGCUUACGGUGUGGCCGACCCCAUGCGGGCAGGGCUGGCCCAGCAUUCUGAGCCUCAGGCUGCACGCGGUGCCUGCAGAGGCUGCCGGGCAGGGUCGCGGUGACCGAGGCCCUCCAUGUCCCCGACCUGGUCACCUGCCGUCCCCUGCAGUGGUGAGAGCAGUGUGGGCUGCGGACAAGGGGCGCCGCUGGGGUCUCAGGUCCGGGCAUUUACGGGGUCAUCACGGACUCCUUGGACUCCUUUUCACGCAGGCUGGGCCGAGGCGGCCAGCUUAUCUGGGGUGUCUGUGUCCUUUUGCUUCUGUCACACGUUUCCUGAGCUGAAGCUUGGGCGUGCACGGGCGUCUGCCAGCUCCGUCCUAGUUCUGUGUGUCUGUGCAGCGGCGGAGGGAAGGUUCCCGGCCCCCAGCAGUGCGCCUACAGCAGCGUCUCCCUCCUGGAAAGAGACCAGACAGGGGUGCUCUUACACUCUGGGGCUAGCUUUAC